AGAGGCAUGCUCUGAUAAUAGGGGCUCGAGUUGUUGUUCAAGUACUGCUGUGCUAUGGCACGAAGUGAUGGAAUACCUGCCAUGAUUUUGUAGGAUUUGGUUGACGCGUAGGGAUGUUUGUGCUGAGGCAGAUAUUCUACUUGUUCCCCGCUGGGCUUCAUUGGGAGCCCCUGCCACAAAGUCUGCAUUCGAUGAUUGUCUUGUCUAUAGCUUCUAUCAUUGAUGCGAAUACAAUGUCGUCUACUGGCGUAGCCGACUUGAACGGAUGUAUUGGACAAAGACAAGAUGUUAUCAUUACACAAGGAGUUCAUCAUGCUUUGUCUUUUACCCCGCUCAGAUCCGGUACUGGUGUUGAAAGUUGGUCGACUGUGUCGGCCGAGCCUGUAGCAGCUGGGCUAUACCACUCGGCCCACCUCAGCUUACAGCGCGGUGGCAAGGCACUGGAGCCUAGGUCCCAGUUCUCGGAGCUGAUAAUCCGGCGGGCCCAAAUCCAACGAGUCCCACCACCAUGACCGACAAGCUCAAGCCUCAGGCCCUUCCCAACAUUGGAGCCCUCCAGGUGGCCUGGCCCUCGCGGCUGGAUUGUGACGGCGGGCA